AUGGCAGCACGGAAACUCGCAGCCCUCCUCGCCGCAGUUCUACAACUUUGUUUAUGUAAACUAACUCCGGAAAUAAUGCCAGAGUUUUUAGCUCCUUUAGAGAAUCACACGGUGAUCCAGGGUCGCGACGUUUUCUUUACCUGCGUCGUUAAUCAUCUGCAACAAUAUAAGGUGGCCUGGAUAAAGUCAGAUUCUCGGGCGAUUCUGGCAAUUCAGACGCAUCUAGUAGCACACAAUCCCCGUCUUUCAGUCACGCACAAUGGGCACAACACGUGGAAGUUGCACGUGUCGAACGUUCAAAAGAACGACUCAGGUGCCUACAUGUGCCAAGUGAACACGGAUCCUAUGCGAAGUCAGAAAGGAUACAUGCAAGUGUUGAUACCUCCAGACAUUGUUGACGAUGAGUCAGCUAAGGGGAUGGGGGCCUAUGAAGGUGGUAAUAUAAGGUUAAGAUGCGUUGCGACCGGAUCGCCACAGCCAACAGUGACAUGGAAGCGGGAAGAUGGCCAAAAAAUUAUCAUUAAAAAAGACGGACAGAAAAUCUCUCUGAAAACGUUCGAGGGUGAGAUUCUAGAAUUGACUGGGGUCCUUAGGCAGGAGAUGGGCACGUAUCUUUGCAUAGCCACCAACAAUGUGCCUCCGACGGUCAGCAAACGUUAUUCCGUCGACGUCAACUUUCGACCAACUAUAAAGGUGACGAACCUAGUGCUUGCACCAGUUGACAGCAACGUCGUUCUGCAGUGUCACGUUGAAGCUUCGCCGCAUGUGAUGAAUACAUGGUACAGAAAUACAGCCGAAAAGCUGUUGCCCGGUGACAAAUACGUGAUGUCGGAGUCGGCGCUGAACGAUUACUCCUGGCAGAUGAAUCUCACUGUCAAUUCCCUGGAAAAAAAGGACUUCGGGGAGUAUGUUUGCUCGUCCGUGAACGCUAUCGGAAAAGCCGAUGGCGUCAUACACUUACAAGAGCUGUACCCUUCCGAAAAAACGACUCCUAGCAUUGUAUCGAAGAACACCGAUCUGAAACCCCGAAAGAAACCUCUACCAAAGGGAAAGAAAAAGAACAACGGUAACGGGAGGCGACCGCACGGGAACAGCUUCGACGAUUUCGAUUCGAUCGGAAACGACGAUGAUCUCAGUCCCACGCAAAUUAUGGCUGGCAGUACCAUUCACGAAGGGCACAGAACAGAAAGGCCACUUGUUUUGCCAUCGUUGCCACCGCCCUGGGUAAUCAUAAAUGCCGCCGAUUCUAGGCAAUGCUCGGUACCGAUCACAUUGAUCGUACUCUUCUUCUCGUUCCUCAUCUCGACCAUGCUAUUUCGUCUGUAA